UUAAGAUGACUCUCUCCAACACAUGCCAUUAGCCAAGAACAGCUAGCAAUGGCAAUGGGAGAGCUUGUACAAAAAUCCUGUUUCCUUCUCUUCCUCAUGAUCCUCAUAUGCCAAUCUGUUUUGGCAUCCCAAAACUACUCAUUGAGACACCGAAAACCGUGCAAGCGCCUCGAGCUCUACUACCACGACAUUCUCUUCAACGGCACAGACGUGGCUAACGCAACGUCCGCUAAAGCGACAAACCAAACUGCGCUCGGCAACUUCCACUUUGGCAUGCUGGUUGUGUUUGAUGAUCCUAUCACAGAAGACAGCCAUCUUCGUUCUCCCCCAAUUGCAAGAGCUCAAGGCUUCUAUUUCUACAACAAGAAGGACGAUUACAAUGCAUGGUUUUCCUUCACGUUGGUCUUCAACUCCAGCCAGCACAAAGGUACAAUAAACAUCAUGGGUGCAGAUUUGAUGGCUGAGGAGACUAGGGAUCUUUCAGUGGUUGGUGGGACAGGAGACUUCUUCAUGACCAGAGGGAUUGCAACAAUUCGGACCGACACUUUUCAGGGUUCAUAUUAUUUUCGCCUCAAGAUGGAUAUUAAGUUGUAUGAAUGCUAUUAGCAACUUUUAUAUAUAUAUAUAUAACGACAUGUAUGGCUAAGGUUGCAAGCAUCUUGUUUCCUACUUCUAUAUGUAAUGUGAUCAAAUAAAAAAAA